AGCAGCACCUUUUGUUUCCCAGUUAAAGUUGAAAACAGCUGCCCCCUUGUGGUCAUAAGAUGAAGUAAAUACAGUGUAAAGUAAAAAGAAAAAACAACUGUCACUAUAAUCACAAUCACAUAUAAAACCAUGCAUAUUUUAAGAUUUAUAUUUUAAUUACUUGAAAAUCAGAUCCAAAAUAGGUAUGUUUGUUUAGUUUUUACCACUAGAUUGAGUGUCUUCUACUCAAACUCAAAGAAGAAUAAGGAAUACAGAAAGACGAGAGGUCUCACUCUCCUCUUUUUUGUGGACUCUUAAAGACAUUAAAUGUUCGUGAACUUUUCAUAACGAGCUGCAAGUACGUGUGUCGACGCAAGUAAAACAUGAAAUAAAAUAAUAGUCUCCACCACAUUUAUUGCAUUCACCGACGGAUCUGCAUUUAUCCGUCGGAAAAUGCAGAUCACUCGCAUUUACCGAGUGAUCUGUCUUCACGUGAGCGAGACGAUCUCUGCUCCUCCGCGUUCGUGUCGCUCGAAGAUGUUUCUGAGUCAGGUUCUCCACAGUCGGGGGUUUCUGGAUUUAGAAACGUUUCUGGACGGGGAGGACAGCUGUUAUCCGCAGCUGCUGCCAGGUGAAACUCGUCACUUCCUUUCUCAUUCACUGCCAGACAAACCUGGAGCUAAUUACCUAUUGAGAAGGGGGGAAAUCACUUUUACGCUAAAAUAUCUCGUGCGUUGUGCCGCAGUCACACUUUACGUCACGCUGUGACAAAAGUGAGUCGGGUCGUGAACAGGUCGCAAUAACCUUCGACACUUCGUUCAUAGUUAGCUGUGACGUCGCUAGAUAUUGGCGCCUUAAAACUUGUAUCUUUAACAACGUAAAUACAAAAUUCUGUAUUUUAUUCAACGGUUUAACACAGUGAGGUGGAAAGAAAAUAUGCUGAAUUGUUCUGCUUCGAAAUGAAACUUCUUGAUGCUUAAGCAAAAGUUGUAGUGCCCCGUUUUAAAAUGCAACUUAAAAACAAAAUCUCAUCAAUUCCCAAGAAGCAGAAAAUUGAACUUUUAUCCAUAACAUAAUAGGAGGCCACUUCCUCCUUUUCAGUUUCUCCUUUGUAUCCUCCAUCUCAGUAUUGCCGCAAUCUGUACUUUCUGUUGCCAUGACAACAGGUAUGGAGUACCAGUCCUGCAAUAAGGAAUUAUUCCCACUUGUGAUGAAAUCUACCUUGACAGAGUGAGUAACCAAACCUCUUUAUUUCUUUUUUUUCAGCACAGGUUCACUUUCAGUUUCCAUCUUCUGUCGAAGCAGAACGAUUUCAUCAGCUGAGCCUCGAUCUGAGGGAUGAAGGCAGAAGGUGUGUGAACUAGUGUGAACUGAGCAGCAUGGAUCAGUGUGAGAACAGAGCUCCUCCCUCUAGAACCAAUCUGAGUGGAGAACAUGAAAACCAAAGGAAAGUACAAGAAACGCUGUCUGAAUCAGAAGCUGAACCCAGCUGUGUGUCCCUCCAAAGUGAUGCUUCCAAGGACCUGGGAAUCACUUUCAGAUCUGAUCCCUCAUCAGCUGGAAAGAGGAAACUACUGGAAGAAGCAGAUCCUGGUCCUGUGGCUAAAUCCAGCUGUGUGUCCCUCCAAAGUGAUGCUUCCAAGGACCUUGAAAUCACUUUCAGAUCAUCUGCAAAGAGUGUGGAACAGCAGAGCUCAGAGGUUCCCAGUGAUCCGUCUGCCCAGGAGCAUGAGACACAGUUGGACUUGAUAUUUAUGCUGCUGGAGAACAACAUUGUCACUUUUGUGAAGAAUGAGCUGAAGAAGAUGCACAAGGUCCUGAGUCACCAUAAACCGCCAUCGUUGCAGACAGAAAAUGAGGAUGUAAUGGAAGAUCCAUUCGAAAAGGAGUUGAGAAACAGCAAAGAGGCAUUUGAGAAGAUCACACUGAACUUCCUGAGAAGGAUGAAGCAGGAGGAGCUGGCUGACCGUCUCCAGAGCAGAACACCUGCAGGAGCUGGUUCUAAACUUAAGUCUCGCCUGAAGAAGAAGUUCCAGUGUGUGUUUGAGGGGAUUGCUAAAGCAGGAAGUCCAACCCUUCUGAACCAGAUCUACACAGAGCUCUACAUCACAGAGGGAGGGACUGGAGAGGUCAAUGAUGAACAUGAGGUCAGACAGAUUGAAACAGCAUCCAGGACACAACACAGACCAGAAACAACAAUCAGACAAGAAGACAUCUUUAAAGUCCCACCUGGAAGAGAUGAACCAGUCAGAACAGUGAUGACCAAGGGAGUGGCUGGCAUCGGGAAAACAGUCUUAACACAGAAGUUCACUCUGGACUGGGCUGAAGGCAAAGCCCACCAGAACAUCCAGUUCAUAUUUCCAUUCACCUUCAGAGAGCUGAACGUGCUGAGAGAGAAAAAGUUCAGCUUGGUGGAACUGAUUCAUCAUUUCUUUACUGAAACCAAAGAAAUCUGCAGCUUUGAACACUUCCAGGUUCUGUUCAUCUUUGAUGGCUUGGAUGAGAGUAGACUUCCACUGGACUUCCACAACGAAGACAUCCUGACCGAUGCUACAGAGUCCAGCUCAGUGGAUGUUCUGCUGACAAACCUCAUCAGGGGGAAUCUGCUUCCCUCUGCUCUCCUCUGGAUAACCACACGACCUGCAGCAGCCAAUCAGAUCCCUGCUCAGUGUGUUGACAUGGUGACUGAGAUUAGAGGGUUCACUGACCCACAGAAGGAGGAGUACUUCAGGAAGAGAUUCAGUGAUGAGGAGCAGGCCAACAGGAUUUUCUCCCACAUGAAGACAUCACGAAGCCUCCACAUCAUGUGCCACAUCCCAGUCUUCUGCUGGAUCACUGCUACGGUUCUGGAGGAUGUGAUGGAGACCAGAGAGAGAGGAGAGCUGCCCAGCACCCUGACUGAGAUGUACAUCCACUUCCUGGUGGUUCAGACCAAAGUGAAGAAGGUCAAGUAUGAUGGAGGAGCUGGAUCAGAUCCGCACUGGAGUCCAGAGAGCAAGAAGAUGAUUGAGUCUCUGGGAAAACUGGCUUUUGAUCAGCUGCAGAAAGGAAACCUGAUCUUCUAUGAAUCAGACCUGAGAGAGUGUGGCAUCGAUAUCAGAGCAGCCUCAGUGUACUCAGGAGUGUUCACACAGAUCUUUAGAGAGGAGAGAGGUCUGUACCAGGACAAGAUGUUCUGCUUCAUCCAUCUGAGUGUUCAGGAGUUUCUGGCUGCUCUUCAUGUCCAUCUGACCUUCAUCAACUCUGGAGUCAACAUGAUGCAAAUAGAUCAACCAACCUCAGAAACAAAGGAACAAAAAUCAUUCCAUGAGAAUGCAGUUGACAAAGCCUUAGGUAGUACAAAUGGACACCUGGAUUUGUUCCUUCGCUUCUUUUUGGGUCUUUCACUGCAAAGUAACCAGAGUCUCCUGCUUGACCUGUUUACUCAGACAAAAAGCAGCGCAGAAACCAGACGUAAAACAGUUCAGUAUGUUAAGGAGAAGAUCAAUGAGAAUGUGUCUGCAGAGAAAAGCAUCAAUCUGUUUCACUGUCUGAAUGAAUUGAACGAUCGUUCUCUUGUGGAGGAGAUCCAACAGUCUCUGAGUUCAGGAAGUCUAUCCACGGAUGAACUGUCUCCAGCUCAGUGGUCAGCUCUGGCUUUCAUCCUUCUAUCGUCAGGACAAGAUCUGGAUGAGUUCGACUUGAAGAAGUACUCUGCAUCCGAAGAGGCUUUCCUAAGGCUGCUGCCAGUCAUCAAAAUCUCAAGCAAAGCUUUACUGAGUGUCUGCAACCUCUCGGUAAGAAGCUGUGAAGCGUUGUCUACAGUCCUCCGCACUGCGUUCUCCUGCCUGAGAGAGUUGGACCUGAGCAACAACAACCUGCAGGAUGCAGGAGUAAAACUUGUAGCUGCUGGACUGAAGACUCCGACCUGCAAACUCCAAAUUUUGAGGUUAUCUGGCUGCCUGGUCACAGAGGAAGGCUGUUUGGCUCUGGGUGAAGCUCUGACCUUUAACCCCUCCCACUUGAGAGAGCUGGACCUGAGCUACAAUCAUCCAGGAAACACGGGAGUUGAGGUUCUCUCUGCUCACCUAGAGGAUCCUGGUUGCACGCUAGAAAAUCUCAGGGUGGAGCCCGCUGGAGUCCAGUGGUUGACCCCGGGUCUGAGGAAGUACUCCUGUCAGCUCUCCAUCGACACAAACACAGUGAGCAGAAAGAUGAGAAUCUCUGGUGAUGGACGGAAAGUGACGCAUGUGGCGGAAGACGAGCUGUACCCCGACCACCCAGACAGAUUUGACGUUCCGCCUCAGUUUUUGUGUCGCGGUGGCCUGUCUGGUCGUGGCUACUGGGAGGUGGAGUGGGGAGGCCAGGCUCUUGUAGCGGUCAGCUACAAAAAGAUUCAAAGGAAAGGAAAGACUCACGACUGUCUGUUUGCCUGGAAUGACCAUUCCUGGAGUCUGAGGUGUUCUGAGAAUGGUGUAUUUUCUGUCCUUCACAAUAAAGCUGAAACAACAGUUUCAGCAUCAUCGUCCUCUGUCUCUAACAGAAUAGCUGUGUAUGUGGACUGUCCUGCUGGUACUCUGUCCUUCUACAAAGUCUCCCAUAGCUCCCUGGUCCACCUCCACACCUUCAGCACCGCAUUCACUGAACCUCUCUAUCCUGGUUUUGGCUUUGGGUUGUUGUACACUUCAGGUUCCUGGAUUUCCCUUUGUCCGACAGAAUAGACUGCUGACCAGCAGGCUCAACUAACGUACUCAUUCAGUGGUUGCCUAGCAAUAACCUGUUGAAUAACUUGCGCAACAGCAGUUUCAUGUUUCACCACCGGUCCUCAUAACGGCUUUAAACUGGAGAGAAAGCUGUGGAUAAAACUGGAAAUAUCAGGCCACCAGUUUUGCAGAAUUUCAAACAAAAAAACGUAUCAAUAGUCUUUGUCGACGGAUAUAAAGUGUUCACAUUGUGAUGUUUUUUUAGCCAACUCAUUCAGAGCUACUGCAGUUGGUAGCACUGCUGGUUCUCUGCAUUCAAAUCCCCAAAGGGAAGCAAAAAACACAGAUUUUUCUUUUUGAAUCAAUAUUUUGGUUCCUUGUCUACAACAAAAUAUGAAGUUUUUUUGAUAUCUUGCUGUUACAUGUUCUUGAUUUUUUUUCUUUACACCCUGUUGUUGAAGUUUUUGGCCUAUUCUGGAUGACAGAAAAUUCCCAUGAUAUUUUCUGUUUUCAGACCAUUUGUUCUGGUAUAAACCAAUAGAUAAACCAGCUAACUUGAACUAGGACAGUUAUGAUAAACCAUAGAAGUCAGUUUGUGAAAACUGAUUUGAAUUAAUUUCUCAUCUUUUCUUGCUAGCAAAAACAAGAACACAAAAUAACAAUCUGAUGUGUCAUGCUUAAAUCCAAAAUUCAACUGAA